AUGAAGCUCGCCGCCGCCUUCCUGCUGCUCGGCGUGGCCCUGCUCAGCCAGCGCACUGCAGCCUUCUUCGUGAACAUGGCGGCCAAGCCCUCGGUCCCGAGCCCGGCCGCCCUCGCGCCUGCCCUGGACAGUGUGGCCGGGGCUGCUGCGGGGGCCACCGGGCCCGCCGGGGCCGUGGCCGACAGUGUGGCCGGGGCGGCGUCCUCCUCCUACUUCAAGGGCUUCCACCCCCUGAGGUUCAUCCUGGCCAGCAUGGGCAUCUCCGUGGACAAACUGGUGGAGGGCUCCAGGAAGUGUGUGACUGAGCUGGGCCCAGACGCGGUGGGGGCCGUGAAGACGCUCCUGGGGGCCCUGACGUUCUUCGGCUGA